AUGAAAUAUUCAUUUCACACUCAAAAUCGACAAGCGAGUUUCAGCGAUGUGGGACAGGUGUUGCAACCAAGUACCCUACUGCCAGCUUGCAAGGAGAGAGUUGUGGAGGAGUCCGUCGGGCAGUCCUUCUCUCCCUAUCGCCUAGCUAGUAUAUACAACCUAUCCAUACGAUAUUGGGAUGAGGGGUGCGCUUUCCUUGCAACACGGACAUUGCAAGAAGCCCUGAUGUUGGCGCAGCAUCAAGGGCUAUCUGGUGGCUGUAUUGCUCAUACGUGGGAAAUAAUGGAGGUUCUAGGAGGCCCCAGAAGAAAAAAGCUGCUAAGCUCUCCGACAACAGCUUCAUGCUGUGAGGGAACUAAACGCAAACUAGAUGUGAGAGGCAGAUACCUGCGUUCAAGGCAAUACUUUUCACGUCGCAUGUUUGUUGCUGCAGAGAGAGAACUUGAGGAGGUCAGAGGCCACCUCGGGUCUCUAUUGUGUUAUGCUAGCCUACGGGGAUAUAACCACGCAGAAGACGGACGCCGACGCUGCGCCAAAAUCAAGGAGGCGCUGGAUCGAGUAGAAGAUGACCUGCUACUGCUGCAAGAGCUGCAGGCCCGGUAUAGCAGGCCGAAGCACUUAAAAUGGGGUGAAAACAUGCAUCCUCAGGAUCUGCACCGUCUUGUGAACCUUAGUCUAAUGCCAUGCAUGAGACAGCGAAUACAACUUCAGAAAGAAGUACCCAACGCAGGCUCCACAUCCGGAGAAGCAUGCGAACAAUGGGUACGCACCUUUCAACAGGCACUCCAAGGGUAUAUUAGGGCUAACCAGAAUGCCAUUUAG